CAAACACGGCCAUAAGAUUUAAUUAGCGAGGUUUUGGGAAUGCACCUGUCGCCUCCGUCCGUCCGACGAGGGUUAAACAAGAAGCGCUUUUGCCACUUGACUUCAGUGCCAACUUCUUACAGGCACAUUCUCUGUCUCUCUCUCUCUCUCACUCGAUAGUUAGUGAGAAUUCGAAUUUGUGGCAUGGGCGAUGGAGGAUCUCAAGAGAAUUCGGCUGGUGUUCAAGGAUGAUGGUAUUCUCAACGAAACGCAGAAAUUGGAUGGGCUGAACCGCAGCUGGUUUCUGUUGAAACCCCAGCAGCACGACACCGUUUCUGAUAUUGCUUCCCAUCUUCUCCACGCAUUCCAACUCCACCAAACCUGCCCUCAUGGUCUUCUCCUCUCUAUAUCUGGCUUUGUGCUACCACCAUUUGAGUCCAGUCGUAUUAUAAAAGAUAACGAAGUUAUCGGUGUACGAAAGAGAGGAGACAUUUUAUCGAUAGUUGGAAACAAUGUAGCUAAUGAUGUGGAGAAGAUGAAAACCGUGGAGAAGCAACCUGUGAGUACUGCUGUCUUGCUUUUGGCGAAUGAUGAGUUCGGAAAAGAAAAAGGUGGUUAUGAGGGUGAUGAUCCAGAAGAUGAUGAUGAAGAAGGCCUGUUGAAGGAUGUCGAGAAACCUUCAUGUUCGAAGGCUGUUUCAAAAAGCCGCAAAAGAAAAGCACCAGAAAAACUUGGAGGCUCAAAAAAGAAAAAACGGCUUGCUAAGGCUACCGAAGAUAUAGCAGAUGAUGGUCGCAAGGAAAAGAAUGAGAAGCCUAUUCUUGAUGAAGACAUUGUCGGAAAGAAUAGCCUUGAAAGAAAGAAUAGCCUUUCGCAUGCGGAGAAAAAAGAUGAGUCCAGCGAUGAAGAUAAUGUGGAGAAAAAUGAAGAAACUGCUGAAUUAAAUCUCAAGAGUCACAGUCCUGUGCCUUGCAUCACAAGAAAUGAUAAAAUCCAGGAGAGUGAGGAAGAUGUUGAGGAUGGAGAAAUUGUCCGAACAGAAACAAAAAAGCAUCCAAGUCGAAGUGCUAGGAGAAAGGCUAAAAAAAGGCAGUGGAUGAAGGCAAUGGCAAAACUUCAGAAGAACAAUGCUACCUGCGAAUCCGAGAGCUUUCGGAAUUGGGUAGAGGACCAAGCUAAAACUAAAAGGAAAACAGUAACCAGCCAAGUUCAUGGACAGCAAAAGUGGAAAAAAUACCUUGCUGAUGCUGAAAGAAAUGAGGUGGAUGAUCAACCAAAAGGACUGCUACACUGGAAGCAAUCUCCCAAAGAAAACUGGAGUUUUAAGGGCAAAAAACAUAACCGAAUAAAGCAAGAUGACAACUCUCUUAAACAACAAAAUCGAAAUGGUGGCAUGCUUGACCAAUCAGCUCAAAUUGUUGAACUUGAGCCAAAUGGAAAACUGGAAGAUGCACAUGAACAGCUGGGUGAAAAUAAUGGUAGUGAACAAGAACAAUUAAAACAAAAUUGUGAUGCUUCGAAGCUAUCAAACCCUGACAGUGAUGAGGAGGAUGAAGUUGUUCCCAUUGUAAUAAGGCCAGGACAUAUCCGAUUUGAGCCCUUGGAGAAAGAUGCAGACCAAGCUGUCGAGCAAGCCCAAGUACCUCCAGUAACUGUCCAAUGGAAUGGAAUUACUAGCAAGAAGAAGGGUCAACAAUGGGGGAAGGAAAAACGUUCAUUCAAUCCACGAAAUGACUACAAAAGUUUGAACAAAGAGGACAUGGAAAUAGUAAAUAAUGAGAAGGAGAAACAACCAGAUAUAGGGGUGGACUUUGAUAAGCUUCCACCUCUCACUUGCAUGCCUAAGGAAGGAGAUCUGAUUGCAUAUCGUCUUGUGGAAUUAUCAUCAACCUGGACUCCUGAGAUUUCUGGCUUUCGGGUUGGAAGAGUAUCCUGGUGUAAUAUUGGGUCCAAUCAACUAAUGUUGGUGCCAGAGCCUGACUACCCAAUUGUUUCCCAGAAAGCUGAUGAUGAAGAUGAACAAUUACACAAUUCCAUUUAUAAUGAAGAUGGUUCAUUGGAGAUUGAUUUUGCAUCUCUUCUUGAUGCUAGAAUCUUUAAAAAUGGGAGUUCAGUAACAGCCAAUAAAACCCUUUGUCAACUGAAUGAAGGUUCUUUAGGCAUUGAACACACUGCAAAAGCAGUGUCCCCUAGCAGCAAUGAUAAGAACCCAGCCGAACCCAGCCCAGAAAAUGGUGGGGUUGACAUAUGGGAACAACUCGGUCAAGCUCUGAGUGCCAAGAAAGAACAACUGUCAAGCGAAAACAGGUGGAGCAAGACUCCUAAAAAAGUUCAGCCACCUCCUGAAAACGGUUGGGGUACAAAUGCCAAAAAGGUACAAGUAUCAUCACCCAGAAGUGGUAGCUGGGGGAAGAAAGCGCGCAAGGUACAAUCCUCACAGGACAACAAUGCUUUAGGUAAGCGGAAUUCUUCAGGAGGAAAACCUUGGUCAUACAAAGGUCUGAGAGGCGGUGGGCUCGGUGCAACAAUGGCUAUUCUGAGGUCUAAACAAGAUGCUAUUGGUCCCUCUCUCUGUGUGGAUUUUGACUUUUUUGAUUUGCCAUGGCGAUGCUUGAGGUUCGAAAGCUCCAUUGCUUUUGGUCUGGCGGAUGCUUUGGCGGCCUUGCGCCGGUCUGAGCCUUGGUUUUCCCAUUUUCCAACUUUCCCUAGUGUUGGGAACGUCGGUUCCUCCGGCAGUGGUGGUGUUGCGGCUCCGAUGUACGCGUGCAGGGUGGGGUGGGGGUGUUAUGGAGCAGACCUGCCCAAGGUUGAAAUUGUGGUGUACNGCACCUACUUGAAGUACAACACCAAAGAGAAGAGAAGCAAACUUAGUUGGGUCAUUCGAACAUCGGAUCGAGUCGAGAGCUUCAAAAUGACAUAUGAUUUGUUAAAAUUCACUAAUGGUAGACGAACAAUGGGUAAAGGUGGUGGCCGGCAGCGCGGGGCGGCGAGAUGGUCGAAUAUUCAACUUCGGAAAAUGCACUCCGGAGACACACUUGACACCGCUGGAAAACUCACCGAAAAAGUGCUGAAAAACUCACCAGGGAGUUCCCGGCCGGAACCCACUGUCGAGAGAUCCGUGCCCGCCGCCCAGCCUAGGUCGCCAUCCAACGAGUGUCGCAUCGCCCGCAAGACCCAUCCGCCUAGCGACCUAGGUCACCAGCCUGCGAGUGCGACAUCGCCCAUACCUGACUCGUUCGCCCAACGGCCUAAGUCGCCAGCCACAAACUCCUUUCACGACAACAAGUUCCCGGCGAGGACCGAGAGCCACCCUAGGAACCGCGUAACGCCAGAAGCUGUGAGGAAGCAUCCAAGCGUCAGCAAGGAGACUGCGUGCAACCCGAGCCAUUUUCCGAGCAACCAACAUCGUUUAGUUGACCUAAGAGCGAGCAUAACCCAUCCAAAAGCCGAGCCAUUUCAGCGCAAGCAACCUAGACCCGAGAGCUGA